CGCGCUCGCGCCAUCUUGUGCCUCUUGUACAGCGCCGCCCAGUCAGCUUUCCCUUCUUCCGUCCCUGCCCCGCCCGCCCCUUCCAAUCGCGUCCCGGGCCCUAGCAGCGGAAGCCGCACCUCUCCGCCCCUUCCUCGUCCACGCGGGACGUGAGCUGUGCCUACAGUGUCCUUAGGCAGAGAUGAAUAAUACUGCAGCUAGCCCAAUGUCUACCUCCAUUUCAAGUAGUGGAAGAAGUACAGGGAAGUCGGUCAGCUUUGUGGCAGAGUUGCAAAGUAUGAUGUAUUCGUUAGGUGAUGCUAGGAGACCUCUUCAUGAAACAGCAGUUUUGGUAGAAGAUGUGGUACACACUCAAUUAAUUAAUCUGUUACAGCAAGCUGCUGAAAUUUCUCAGCUGAGGGGAGCAAGGGUAAUCUCUGCAGAAGAUCUUCUUUUUUUGAUGCGCAAAGAUAAGAAAAAACUUAGAAGACUGCUGAAAUAUAUGUUCAUGCGAGACUACAAAUCAAAGAUUAUCAAAGGCAUAGAUGAGGAUGAACUUCUGGAAGACAAAUUGAGUGGUAGCAGUGUGAACAAAAGACAAAAAAUUGAUCAGGACUUUCUCAGCUCUAUUGACCAGACAGGAGAACUUUUAGCAAUGUUUGAAGAUGACGAGAUUGAUGAAGUUAAACAAGAAAGAAUGGAGAGAGCAGAAAGACAGACUCGAGUUAUGGAUUCAACUCAGUAUGCAGAAUUUUGUGAAAGUCGACAAUUAAGUUUCUCCAAAAAAGCUUCCAAAUUUCGAGACUGGUUGGACUGCAGCAGCAUGGAGAUAAAACCCAACAUUGCUGCUAUGGAAAUUUUAGCAUAUUUAGCACAUGAAACAGUGGCACAGUUAGUGGAUCUGGCUCUUCUUGUGAGGCAGGACAUGGCAACCAAAGCAGGGGACCCUUUCAGCCAUGCUAUUUCUGCAACCUUCAUCCAAUAUCACAGCUCUCCCGAGGGGUCUUGCAUGAAGUCCUGUCCAGACUCCCCUGAAACCACACCACCCCCAACGCCUACAGCUCCGCCAUCUGGAUCACAGCACCCAGGAAAGACCACACCAGGGACCAUUGGGAAUGGUAGUGCUGGACCUGACACUGCUAAAUCCAAGCAAAGGAAAAGAAAAAAGAGCACCGCGGCCUGUGGUGCAGAGGCUCACAGCGAUGCCAUCCAGCCCUGCCACAUCAGAGAGGCUGUCCGACGCCACGGCCGCAAGAUUGGCCCCCUUUCUCCAUUCACAAUUUCUUUUUCUUUGACAGAGUGCCUACCGCCGGAAUGGGAUGGCUUUUCUUGCCUGCUAAUGCAACUGUGUCUACAACAACAGGAAAAGCAAUGUUACACUGAGGUGAUUUUUCCCCCGUCCUGUACAGGAUGAAAGUUCACCUUCUUCACAGCCUACAGAAUGGACUGGUUUGGUGUGACUCCUGCUCUUUUCCAGCCCCCUCAGCAGUUUGUCUUGUUUACUAGAUGGGCCAUUUAACUACUUAAUGGCAGGAUGUUUGGGACAGUGUGUAGGUGGACAAAAAUGCAGAUCUUAAUUUGGCAUAGAUUUGCUUCCUUCAGCUCAAUAGCUUAAGUAACCCCCGACCCCGGGUGUUUAGUCUGGCAGUUUAUUUGAUACAUUUUAUAAUCCAGGUUGAGGACAAAGGAGACAAAAUUAAAAGGACAGUCUUCUCCCACUAUAGUAACCUCCACCUACCUUACUUCCCAACACUUGACUGGCUGUCCCUAAAAUCAAUGUAGGCACGCUCAUUUUAUAAAUUUUUACUAAUCCAAGAUCUAAUGAAAACCUCAUGAAGUGCCAGUCCCCACUCUUCCCAUCACCCCACUUAAUGUACAGUGUCACUCCCCUGCCUUUUCCCCAACUUGCUGCUGAUCAUGUGUUUCUCCUCAAUAAGAUUCCUUCCUUCAUCCUCAAUCCCUGCUUUCCCCAGAUCUACCUUCAAACUCACUCCAGGCCCUUCAGCAGCAGUUAGAAUAACAGAAAUGGGAAAGAGGGACUUGCCCUCUGCCUCCAGCAGCCAGUCCUGGAAGUACUUGAUGGGAGCAGCUGCUCUCCCUCUGACACAUUCUCCCUAGCAAAUAAGGAAUUGUAACUACUGGAACAAACCAAAAUACAGCAGACUUAAUUGUAUGAUUCCUAAUUAAACAUGGAUUGCAAAGAAGGAAGUUGUUUAAUUGUGUGGGAGUUCUGUAUAAUUUAACUUUUAUAAUGGUUUUUAUACCCAAAAAAGCCUUUAUAAAGAAUUCAGAAAAAUGGAAAUGAGAAGCAUGAAAGUUUCCUUAUGACCAAAUCAUUAAGCAUCAAUAGGAUUGUGCCAUGUUAUUCACUAACAUUUGUUAAACUGUCAUUUACUGCUUCUGUGUUGAACCUUCUAGGGAAAACAAUCUGCGUGUCAGAAACAACACAAAAUUUGGAUAUUCAUCUAUGCUUGCUGAAGUGGAUAAUUAAACUUUUUAGCAUUCUUGGUAUUCCUAAUCAUGAAAAUUGUAAGUCUGCAGUAAACAUUCCAGCUUUUAAAACAGCCUAACAUUGUACUUGGUUUUGAUCUGCCAGGCUUAUAGGACAUAUAAAAUUUUCUGGGGUGGUUUUUCCACACUGAAAUUCUUUCUCUCCCACAUUAUAUUUUUUAAAGUAUCCAAAAGGCAGAGAAUAUAGAAUUUAGUUUUUUCCUUUAUUUUAUUCUACCUGAUCUUAUAGUCCCGGAGAAGGAAGACUCAAUGUACAUUUCUCAGAAAUAUGACAGGCCUGUGUUUUUGCUGGUCUGGUGUAUGUUUGUCUAUCCUGAACAGUCUGACAGGUAAUUAUUUAUAAAAUCUGGUUUUGCCCAGUAAGUUCAUAUAAUAACCUUUCACUUUUCAUCAUAAGCCAGAGAGCUGAAUUUAGAAUUUAAAAAGGUCAUUUAUGUCUGUCCUGAACCAGUCUAGAUGUCCACAUAAUUGCUCAAUAUUUCUUUUUCUUUUCCACACUUAGGUUCUUUCUCUUCCCUUUCCCCAAGACUAAAUCUGAAGUGAACUAAAAUUUCACUUAAGCAAUGAGUGUAAAAAUAAAAUUUAUAGGAGCAAAGUUUCAGAAAAUGUGACUUCAAUAAAUUCUCAAGACUAAAAUACUAUGUAGAAUCCUAGUUAGAGCAGAAGAUGAUCUUAGCAUUGAGAACACUUAUUUCACAAAUGAAAAAAAUUCAAGGCUAAACAGAAAAUCAGCCCUCCUCAAAUCCCCAGAUUCUCAAGAAUCCAUGGCACUUCAAUUUCAGUCUCUUACACUCCAUCACACUAGAUCUGUGUAAGAGUAUCACCAAGGCAUGCUGAAGUUUCACAGCACUUUCAUCACACUAGCAUAUAUAAAAAGUGACUAAUUAUGGGAACAUGGUAAGACAUAAAUGAUACACAGUAAAGUCAUCUUCAGCGAGACUAUAUUAAUUAAAUGACUUGUGUUCUUCUGCACAUUGGGCUUGACUCUAAAUCAGGUAUGAAUACACAAAAGUGGUUUGUGUUUUAUCCCUUGUGGUUUAGAGAUCAAAUCUGAAAAUAAACUAACAAAUAACUUCUCUUUGGAGAAACAGAUAUUGCUCCUUAGACUAGGAGUGAAAGAAAUAAAAAUAUUUCUGUCUUCACCUAAAUUUGGAAGUGUGACUUUUAAAAUGUGCCAUUUAGAGGUUAUAUCAAUAAUCUUGUUGCCUUCACAUAUUGUAAUAGAUGAGAUUCAAAAAUAAUGUUCUAAUUUUAGUAUCAAGGGUUUUUUUAAAAUCUGAAAACCAGCCAACAUGCAAAUAUUUCUUAAAUGGUCUAUAGUACCUAUAUCUAGGGAGAAAUCUUCAUUAAUUAUUUUUCAUUUUAAUGAAAUAACCCACCUUUAAAUGCUUUUACCACGCAGAAGACAAACACAACUGUUGAUUCUUGGUCUAAAAAAGAACAAGUUUAGUUGUCUAGAAAUGACAGUUUAAUUUACGAGAUUUUAAACUAUAACUUCCAAAUCAGGGACUGCUUUCCAGUUCAUAUGAUCCACUGUAUAAAAAUAAAUAAAAAUAAAAGAAUCAAAUCACUACAGAGAAUGUAUUCUCUCAUCUCCCUACUGGAAUUUAGAUAGACCCUUCCCAGGUUGCGCUUAAAUUCUACUAUCAACCAUGUAUACUUCUCAUAAAGUAUUUUACAGCUUCCUAUAUGCACUAGCUGGACAUUUCAUAGUACAUAAACAGUUCUGCAAAUUAAUCUAAAAGCAAGUUGAAUAUGUCAUAGCAACAUCCCUCCCCAGUGAUUCUCCAACAAUUAUCUUUUCUUCAUUUUAUCUUUAAAACUCAAGCUGAAUUUUUGUGCUGUUAUACAGUGGUGGCACUAAGGAGGAGCAGGGGUCUCUAGCAGUUUCAGUGGAGUUACUUUAUGUUUAUUAAAGCAAAGACUUUUUUCAGAGGGCAUUAAGCCAAGUUUAAACAGCAAAACCAUGCCUGCAGGAACUUGAUGUAAAUGUGAUAGUUAAAUAAAGGCCAGAUGCUUUUGAAAACUGAAAAUAUUAAAAAGCUAUACCUCUCGAGUAAGUUUCAAAUUUUGUGAGUAGUACACUGAUACUGUGGCACUUGAAAAAGACUUGUUUUCUGGAACCAAAUACCAAAUAUUCAAACUAUCGUAAAUCAUGGAAAUUUUGACAACUGGAAACACAUUUUAAAACAAUCAGUUCCGAUAAAGGCACAAGAAACCCACAUAACUAGAUGUUAGAAACCACUGUAAAUGUGUAUAGAGCAUUAUAUUCUCAGUCCCCUUUUCUUCUCAUCACCACCCAAAUCACUGUUCUCAUUUUUUUCCCCAAGCAAAGUAAAAACAGAAAAAGAUAUAAGAAAAAGCAAGAAUAAGAUAACCAAAGUGAAACUUUCCUUAUAUAGUACCAGGUAACACUUUAUUUGUUGCUACCAAGAAGAAUGAUAAAUUAAGUCUGGCAUAAUAAUUAGAGCACAGCCACUGUGUGCCCCACACUUUGUGUGGUUCAUCUCGCUGAAUGCUCACAACUCCUCUAUGACCUUGCAAGCAGGCAGUCGUGAGUUCGAUCCCUGGUACUGAUAAAAAGGAAAAAGACAAAAACAAAACAAAAUUCCUCUAUGACAUGCACACUGUUAUCCUCCUGCUGCUUGCAGGCAAAAAAGGAAACCAAGCAAUGCGCAUUAACCAUCCUCUGCAGAGCUGCCCACGACCAAGCUGGCAUCUGUACCCAGCACUCUGAUCCCAGUUACAUAGCAUGGACUGCACUCGAGAUUCCUGGUAACAUUUAAAAAAAAAAAAAAUGCUUCCUAGCUGAAUCUAGAAGUAUUUCUCAUUACAAAAAAACUUGAUUACAAGAAUAUUUUAUUCUGCCUCAACAUCCCUUCUCUAAUACUGUCAGAUACGUCAUAUAAAACAAUUAUGCAGAAACAUUGCCAAUUCCUCUUUAAUGUCUUAAAACUUACGAUAAAUGUGUAUGAUCAAAGAACAUACUAUAAGCCACUACACAAACUGAGGGAAGCUUCCUCACAGACCCACAUAUACAAGCCUUUCCUUCCUGAAGACCAGAUUCCUACAGAAGACUUAAUAACACAGGCUACCAUCCAACUUUCAUACGAGUUACUUAUCCAUGUUUUAAAAUCACCCCCAACUCAUUUACAUGUGUUUGCAGUGGCAGAUACAAAAGUACAUCUGGCAGUGCUUAAGUGUUUGCUCUUAAUUAGGUUAUAGUAGUCAGUUUCUCCUAGCCCUGUGGUGGGGGUGGGGGGAGGAGUGAUGUACUAAGACAAAUAAAAAGAUGGAAAGAAAGCUGCCAAGCACAAUUUAAAUUACAAAUGAUAAUCAUUUGUUUUAAUCAGUAUUUCUUUAAAUCAGUCCUAUCUAUGACUGUCUUCUUUGGCACAAGUCAUUUUUCUUUUCCAUUUCUGCAGUGUUGCAAACUGAGCCCAGGGCAUCCACACUGAGCUACAUUCCCAGCCCUUUUUUGUUUUUUGAAACAGAGUUUUGCUAAGCUGAGUUGCCCAUACUAGGCUCAAACUUGUCCUCUGACCCACGAGGAAUACAAGUGUGUGCCACCACCCAGCUAGGACAAAUCAUUUCUGGUUUAUGUCCUUUAAAAUGUCAAACUGCCUGUAGUACUGCAGCUUGCUUUCGGAUGAUUUUGAUUUGCUGCUGCUUUCACAUCAGAAAAGGUAGUUUGCUUCCCAGGGCACUAGCCACCUCCUGUCACGCCUUCCUGGCCCAUGUGUGCCAUGCAUCAGAGUCCCAAGCAGCGGCAGCUACUGCUGGACUACUGGCUUGCCACACUCCAUAGCUUCCACCUGGUAGGACACAAGCAGUCCGGAUUGGCUUUAGUUUGCUGCUUAGCACAGUAGCAUAAUCAAGAUCAGCACUGGUAUCAAGUUUCCAUUUUCCUAAUCCUGCAGGAAGAUACCAGGACGGAAGGGCUAGAUGGCAGAAGACCUGUAUGUUGGGUUACUGUACAUGGAGUUGAGAGUCAACUAUAAGCCAGCCAAACAGUUUAAUAGCUUGCAUCCAUUCCCCAAAGGGGGGUAGAAGUUCAAAGUCCAGUAAAUCAGCAGAACCAGGGAAGCAGACAAGAAACCACCACUGUCAGUGCCUCACAGGCCAACUUGCCAGUGAUCCUUGAGAUCAGAGACCAAAGUAGAGCCUGUGGCCUGUGGUGACAGAUGAGGACCCUGGCUCCACGACAGUAUGUAGGAUAUCAUGCACUACUCUAUUACCAUCUGCCUCCUCUUCCCUAGCCUCUUGAGAUGGUCUCCUUCCCUGAACGUUGCAAUGCAGUUUUCCUGCCUGGUUCUUGCACUGGUGUGCCCUCUAAAGUCCCCCCAACGAGCCUCCUGCAGUGGCCCUAGUCACCUCUUAAUUGCCUUUAGUCUGCUCCAGAAUUAAUUCUUAAAGGCAAGUUCUGAAUAAACAUCUCUUUGUAAUCCCCACAUGCACUUAUAUGUUCAGUAAACAUGUUGUUUGAUUAAAAUUAUCCAAUUAAACAUGAGCUCACAAACUUUUUAAAAAUCUUCCAUCAGGGUGCAUUUCACUUACUUGCCUGCAAAUCUCAAGGACUACAGAAGACAGUGGCUUUUUUCUUAUGGGCAGAUACAAAGUUUCAAACUCAUUCAAAGGGACCCAUGUUUCAAGUUUCCCUGGGGCCUCUGAGAGAAAGCAGCAAAACCUGUACUGUUACAGGGACCAAGGACCUCAGAGACAGCACAAUCACACUCACACUUACUAUAGCUGAGGAACCACCCCAUCUGACUCUGACUCCACACAAACUCGAAUAAAGAGUAAACUGGUAAGACAAUAUCUGUCAGUAAAAAGCAAUCUUUUUAGCACCUAUGAAAGUCAAGUAAUCAAUGUAGAAUAUCCACCCAAACAGUGGUCCCAGAAAGGAGAUCAACUCUGGAAUUCUAGAAAUGGACUCGUGGAGGCCACUUGGAUUAACUAUCUGUAAACUAAAGAAAAGAUGUUUUGCCCAUACCAGAACCACUCUAUUUUAUAUAUUUGUGUGCCACUGUGAUUUUGUUCAUUUAAAUUGAUAUUGAAAUCCUAGGUUUUUGACGUUCUCUUUUUAAGAUACAAUAAAAGCCAACUGAGUUUCUGUUCAAAGGUGACUCUUACGCUUACAAAAAGGCAGGACUGCCUUCUGUACUCUGCCGGUGGCUGCCACUGUCUCCUCAGGGCUCCCUGGAAGGUACACUGUACCCUCUGAUAGAUCCAAGGUUUAACUUAGAUUGAAAGGUUAUUUUCUUUGACACAAAGUAUCUCCUGUACUUUUUUCAUAUGUCUUAGUUUGGAGAAAAUUUAUGAUAUUUUUAACAUUGGGAAGUUUUGCUUUUCCUAAUAUUUUAUUACUUUGCAUAUCUGAAACACUUCAAUCACAGACAAUAAAUAUUAUGUGAUUAUUGUUUUCAUAUGGAAGGCUAUUUCCUCCUGUUUUUCCUAAAUCCCUUUCUCAGCUUAUGAUAGUAAAAAUUUAUUAACUCUAAAUUGUGCCACUCAGUUUUCUAGGAUCGCAUGCACCGAAAAUUGAAAAGAGGGGCAGGUUUGAGAGGAGGGGCAAUAAGUAGUUAAAAAUAAAUUGAGCUGUGUGGUUUUCUUUCCAGUGGAUCUCGAUUUUUUUCUUGUUCAGUUGAAAUGAAGAUUAUAUGUAUUCUGUAAAUCAUUUUUAUAAACUGUCAUAGCCAGUUAUCACAUUAAAUGGUAUUUUUUGUAUCUUUACUAUGAAAGCUAAAUGAAUCUCAGAAAGCAGGCAGCUGCAGUUCAGCACACCGUGACUGCUCAGUUUGAAUGCACCCAUCUGUGAAAGCACUCAGCUAUGUUAUCUUUGACAAAGGGGCCCAAUACUAAUACCAGAGGAAAGAUAAUAACAAAUAGUGCUGGGGAAACUGGCUACCCACAUGUCAGAGACUGAACCUAGACCCUUAUCUCUCACAGGCACCAAACUAAAAUCAAAAUGGACUAAAUAUCUACAUAUUAGAACAGAAACAAUGUUAGAAGACCAAAUAAGUAAAACUCUUAAGACUUGGUGUAGGCAAAGACUAAACAGAACCCCAGUUGUACAAGAAAUGAUACCAAGAACCAACAAAUGGGAUCACAUCAAAUUUAAGAAGCUUCUGGACAGCAAAGAAAACCAAUAGAGUGAAGAGACAACAUAAUGAGAAAAAAUAUUUUGCCAGUUACUCCUCAAGGGACUAAUACUAGUCAGUUGUGGGGCAUGCCUGUAAUCCCAGCACUCAGCAGGAGGCUGAGGCAGGAGGAUCAAUCAUUAGGAGUUCAAAACUAACCUAGACGACAUAAAUUCCAAAACCAGCCUGAACUGCAUAAGAAGACCCUCUCUCACAAAAGGGGGAACUAAUACCUAGAAUAUAUAAAGAAUUUUUUUUUAAAGUAGAUCUUCCUCAAUUUAAAAAGGCCCAAGAAAAAAUAGGCACAGACACUUCAGAAGUACAAACGGCCAAUAAAUACACGAAAAGAUGUUGAACAUAGCUGGCCAUCUGAGAAAUGCAAAUUAAAACAACACUGAGAUUCCAGCUCCAGAAAGAGUAGCUAUCAUCAAGAAAUCAAUUAGUAACAAAUACUAGCAAGCCUGCAGGGAAAAAGGGAAUAGUUCACAGAAAUUAGUAUGGGAUUCCUCAAAAAGCUAAAGUUAGAAAUUGCAUUUUACCCAGAUGUGAUUUCUAGGUAAAUUCCCAAAAGAGAGAUAUGAUGCCUGCUUAGUUACUCUUCCCAUUGCUGAGACAAAAUACCCACCACAGCUAAAGGAGGAAAGGUUCAUUUGGCUCACAGUUUGUAGAGGUUUCAGUACAUAGUUGGCUGGCUCCAAGGCAGGGCAGCAGCUCAGUAUGACAGAGGGGUAUUACGGAGAAAAAAGUCAAUGGCAAAGCAAGACAGUUGGCAACAACAGUAGCUCUGUUUCUGUCCCUUACAUUCUAUCCAAGGUAUGUGUCCUUAGGGCAGGUAGCACUCACACCCGGAGUGGGACUUCCUACUUCCACACCCAGAACAUAACCAACUGGUGGGCUAAUUUAGUAACCACACACUCUUAAUCCCGUCAUCACAAACCUUAGAUCCAGCCAUCUCUGAAAAACUUCAUCUGUGAUCACAUGAGGCAUGUUUAAUAGCAGCACAAUUCAUAAUAGCUAAAUCUUAGAAGCAGCCUAAAUGUCCGUCAACAGAUGAAUGGAAAGAAAAUAUGGUAUUUAUACACAAUGGAGUAUUAUUGUAAUGUGAACAAUAGACUCAGUCAAAUGAGUUUGAUUAGGAAAAUGGAUGCACCUUGCGACCAUAAUGUUCAGUGAAGUCAGACACACAAGCUUAAAUAUCACAUGGUUUCUUUUUAUAUGAGAAACUCAGUAUAUAAAUACAGUAGGAAAAAGAAGGAAAAUUUAUUGUAACCCAGCAUGAACAGUUUAUCUAAAAGUUUAUCUUGAUUUAGCAUAAAUGUCUGAGGUCUUUAUAUUUUAUGGCCUGUUAACCUAUUAAUCUUUGUAGUAAUUAUAAGGAAUUAUAAGAUAAAUGAAUAAGAUGCUGGCCAAAGUGGGAGGGCAGAUUGGAGAGGAAGAGAAAAAUAAAUGAGAUAUGUUAUGCACAUGUAUCAAUUCACACAAUGAAUGUAAUAAGCAUUAUGUACUACAAACAUAUUCUGUACGCAUAAUAAAAAUUAAACAGAGUGGUUUUCAA